CAGUGUUCUUUCAGAUUUCAAGAUGGCAGUACAUUAAGUCGUAUUCGUGUCAAAUUUAGUAUGUCUCGUAAUAUUGAAUCGAACAAUCGAGUAAUUUUCCAUUUGUAAAUGCAAAAAUUCCAUGAGACACAUUGAAUGUGAGUCUAAAUUCGUUAUAAAUACAUCAUGGAUUUUGGUUCAUUGCUAUCGGUUGCCCAGAAAAAUGCAAAAACUAGCAACCAUUCGUCUGAGCGGAGUAAAUUUUACUCGACCAAAUUUGAGCCACCGAAGAAGGUGACAAAAGAGAAAAAACUCUCCGAUGGCAUUAAAAAGUUUUUGGCACAAAAAGAGGAAGAAAAACGUGAAGAUCAGGAACGAAAGAGAAAAGAAUAUGAAGAAUUAAUGGCACUACGCAGCGAUCGUGAUAAAAAUAAAAUCCGAAAAAUGUUGAAAGUCACAAAAUCAGCGAAUCGAUCUGUACUUGAGGAUGCUGUCAAUAGUACAGACACAGCUGUUACUUUACAAGGUCCCGAACAACCGGACGAAGACGAUUAUGGGUACACAUCAAUUGCUAGCGAUGCUCUGUAUAAGAAUUUAAUGGAAAAAUACAAAUCGUUACCCGAAGAUAAAAAAUUCUCCAAAUCGUCGUUAAGUGGCAGUAAAAAUGCGGAUUUAAUGUCAACGAAAAAUCGUGUCCGUGAUGCAAUUAUGCGUGAAAGAGAAGAUGAGAGAUCGGGUCACCGAAAACGAUCUCACACAUCAACUUCCAGUGGCGAUAAUCACAGCAGUUCAAUCAAUGAUCAAAAACAACGUUGUCGUAAAAAUUUAUACGAUCCAAGGGCUGAACGUGAGGCUGAAGAACGAAAGAGAAAAGAGGUAGAAGAUGAGAAACGACAGAAAAUGAAAAACAAACGACCUCCUCCACCAGUUAUGGAUUUUCAAAAUCUUCUAAAGUUGGCUGAAGCAAAACAACACCAACCCAUCCAAAUCGAAGUGCCACAGAAAACAAAGGAACCCGAAAGACUUCUGACGGGAAAAGAGAAACGUGAAAUGGAACAGAAGAAGAAAGAAUUAGAAGAAAGAGAACGGAGACGUAGUGCAUUAUUAAAUAAAACACCACAUACCAAUGGCGAACAGCGUAGCAAAUCGGAUGCACAACCGACCAACGGCAGAAUACCAAAAUUGAAUGCCUCAAACACACCAUCCUCCACUAAAUCAGUGCCUCAUUCAGCGGAUAGCCGAAAACCAAGCAUGAAAGAACCAAUUCGACCAGCAUCAAAACCAAUUCAAUCGAUGAGACCUAGUAGUAGUACACCACAAUCAAAUGUAAAGCGUUCGGUUGAGAUGAAAUCCAAAAUACAAACGAAUGGUACACCUACAGCAUUAAAACAACCGACUAAACCGAUAGACUCGCGAAAUGUCAAACCAAGGGAAUUUCCGCCAAGGGAUGUGAUCAAAACAAGAGAGUUUCCACCACGGGAUGUGGUUAAAUCGCGAGAAUUUCCACCUAGAGAUAUGCUAAAAUCAAGAGAGUUUCCACCACGUGAUAUGCAACACAAUCAUAAGAAAUCAAAACCAACGGCCGCAUCAAAACGUCGCAUUCUGGAGGACAGUGAAGACGAAGAUGAAUACGAUUCCGAAAUGGAUGAUUUUAUUGACGAUGAUGAUGAAGAGAUCAACUAUUCGAGUGCAAUCAAAAACAUAUUUGGCUACGAUAAAUCACGUUAUCGAGAUGAAGACGAUGAUGUUGAUAAUAUGGAAUCAACGUUCGCACAACAACAACGCGAAGAAUUUAUUAGCAAAAAAAUUGGCAUAAUGGAAGAUUUGGAAGAUAUGCGCCAAGAAGAAGAAGAAAAAAAGAGAAAAGCACAAAAGCGACGUCGUCCCUGAACCACUGUGUAACCGUUUUAACCAGUUAUAUUUUCAUUUACCUUUGAUCAUAAGGUAAACAAUAUCUGUAAUAUGUUGAUUUUAUGAUAACAUUUCGCAAAAAUGCUACCACAUAUUUUUACAUGAAUAAAUAUUUUUUGCAACUAA